GCCACCAUCGCCUCGCGGAAGGGGGACCCGGUCCCGUGGAGCCACAAGAUGACCCGGAGCUGCUCGGCGGUGGGCUGCAGCACGCGGGACACCGUGCUGAGCCGGGAGCGCGGCCUCUCCUUCCACCAGUUUCCAACUGAUACGUUACAACGCUCAAAAUGGAUCAGGGCCGUGAAUCGUGUGGACCCCAGGAGUAAGAAGAUUUGGAUCCCAGGCCCAGGUGCUAUAUUGUGUUCCAAACAUUUUCAAGAAAGUGACUUUGAAUCCUAUGGCCUAAGAAGAAAAUUGAAAAAAGGAGCCGUGCCUUCUGUUUCUCUGUACAAGGUUCUUCAAGGUACACCCCUUAAAGGUAAAGCAAAACAGAAGGUCCUGAAGGAGCCGCUUCCUGACAGUUCUCUCGAGACCGCCGCUGAGGACCAUAACUACAGUUUAAGGACACCUCUGACAACCGGCAUAGAGAAGCUGGCUGAGGUGCAGCAGAUGCUCCAGGUACCCCAAAAGAGGCUCGUUUCUGUAGAAAACUGUACACUGAUCAAGAAGAGAAAGGACUUAAAAUUAAUUGACGCCCUUGUAGAAGAGAAACUACUUUCUGAAGAAACAGAGUUUCUGCUCCGUGCACAGUUUUCAGAUUUUAAGUGGGAAUUAUAUAACUGGAGAGAGAUUGCUGAGUACUCUACAGAAAUGAAACAGUUCGCGUGUACACUCUACUUGUGUAGUAGCAAAGUCUAUGAUUACGUGAGAAAGAUUCUUAAACUGCCUCAUUCUUCUAUCCUCAGAACCAUUUCAGGUCUCACAGGAUGGAAUAACAACGCAGUAACUGCUAAGCUAUUCCCCGGCAGAUCCAGCGCCCCUGCACCUUCACUCCUGUGGGCUCCCUGCAGCAGUCUGCAGUGCCACCUUCACUCCCGUGGGCUCCAUCUCCAGCUGUCUGUGCCCCUUCACUUGUGGUUUCCACUCCAUCCAUCAGUUGUCUGUGCCGCCAAAACUCCUCUGCAGGCUCCAUCUACCAGAUGUCUGUGCCGCCUUCGCUCCACCUAA